CCACUCUUCUUCUUCUUCCUCACUGCCACUGCUCCAACCUUCUUCUUCAUUUUCUUCUACAGACCAACAAUGGGUCUGAAUUCAAACCGGGUCGAUCACUUCGAUUCUCACCAUCCAAGUCUCGUCAAAAUCCAAACCGAGUUGGAAAUCCACUCGGUUCGCCUCCCUCCUGAGCAAACCACAUUCCAGAAGCUCAAACACAGGCUCUCUGAGAUCUUCUUCCCCGAUGACCCUCUUCACAGCUUCAAGAACCAAACUUGCUUCACCAAACUCAUCCUCGCUCUCCAGUUUCUCUUCCCCAUUUUGCAGUGGGCCCCUCAAUACUCCCUCAACCUCCUCCGUUCUGAUACCAUCUCUGGCCUCACCAUUGCCAGCCUCGCCAUUCCUCAGGGAAUAAGCUAUGCAAAGCUUGCCAAUUUGCCACCCAUAAUUGGACUGUAUUCAAGCUUUGUGCCUCCAUUGAUAUACUCUCUGCUUGGGAGUUCUAAGCAUCUUGGUGUUGGGCCUGUGUCAAUAGCCUCUCUGGUCAUGGGGUCAAUGUUAAGCGAAUCAGUUUCUUUCGCUUCAGAUCCAAUUCUCUACCUCAAACUCGCUUUCACUGCCACCUUCUUUGCUGGUCUGUUCCAAGCUUCUCUGGGCUUCCUCAGGUUAGGGUUUGUGAUUGAUUUUCUGUCAAAGGCAACGCUGGUGGGUUUCAUGGCAGGGGCAGCCAUUAUAGUGUCUCUGCAGCAGCUAAAAGGGUUACUUGGAAUUACUCAUUUCACUUCCAAGAUGCAAAUGAUUCCUGUUAUGUCUUCCGUUUUUACUCACAGAGACGAGUGGUCAUGGCAAACAAUUCUACUCGGAUUCGCCUUUUUGGCUUUCCUGCUCAUCACAAGGCAAAUUAGCAUGAAGAAACCAAAACUAUUCUGGGUGUCAGCAGCUGCUCCAUUGACAUCAGUUAUUCUGUCGACAAUCUUAGUCUUUCUUCUCAGAGACAAUGCUCAUGGAAUUGCAAUUAUCGGACACUUACCAAAAGGCCUUAAUCCACCAUCAACGAACAUGUUGUACUUCAGUGGUCCUUAUUUGGCACUUGCAAUUAAAACUGGCAUUGUGACUGGGAUUCUAUCUCUUACUGAAGGAAUUGCAGUAGGAAGAACAUUUGCUGCACUUAAGAACUACCAAGUGGAUGGAAACAAAGAAAUGAUGGCAAUUGGUCUGAUGAACAUUGCUGGCUGUUGCUCUUCAUGCUAUGUGACCACAGGAUCGUUUUCUCGAUCAGCUGUCAACUACAAUGCCGGAGCACAGACAGCCGUUUCAAACAUAAUAAUGGCUGCAGCUGUUCUUGUGACACUUCUGUUUCUCAUGCCUCUGUUCUAUUACACACCAAAUGUUGUCUUGGCAGCCAUUAUCAUCACUGCUGUGGUAGGACUGGUAGAUUAUCAAGCUGCUUAUAAAUUGUGGAAGGUUGACAAGCUUGAUUUCUUGGCAUGUUUGUGCUCCUUCUUUGGUGUUCUGUUCAUCUCAGUGCCUCUAGGCCUUGGAAUUGCGGUUUCAAUUUCGGUCUUCAAGAUUCUGCUUCACGUGUCUCGGCCAAACACGGUGGUGUUGGGGAACAUACCGGGAACACAAAUAUUUCACAACCUUAGUCGAUACAGAGAAGCUACAAGGGUUCCUUCAUUUCUCAUUUUGGCCGUUGAAUCUCCCAUCUACUUUGCCAAUUCAACAUAUUUGCAAGAAAGGAUACUGAGAUGGGUCCGAGAAGAGGAAGAGCGCAUAAAAGCAAACAAUGAAAGUACAUUGAAGUGCAUAAUUCUAGACAUGACAGCUGUGACAGCCAUAGACACGAGUGGAAUUGACUCCUUACGUGAACUUAGAAAGAUUUUGGAAAAAAGAUCAUUCCAGCUUGUAUUGACAAAUCCUGUAGGGACUGUGAUGGAAAAGUUGCAUCAGUCAAAUAUCUUGGAUUCCUUUGCGCAGAAAGGACUCUACCUCACAGUGGGAGAAGCUGUGGCUGACAUUUCUUUGUCCUGGAAAGCUUAGCCUUGCUAUCUAUAAGGGAAUUUACGGGCUCAGGAAAACAUAUGGAAACUAACACCUCCAAACUUUUGGCAAUUAGAGAAAACUCUAGUAGUGUUGGGAGUUUUGUUUUUGCCGGUGAGAGAUACUCCUGUAAUCUUCCAAGAGUCAGCUUUUGUUUUAGUGAAAAGUAAGGCUUGUUCCUUAACCAAGAAAGUUUCUCAUCCCAGUUAGAUGGUCCUAGCCUUUCCUUCAGCUAACAGAGGGCUGAUGGUUGCUAUAUUACUUUCAUCCUUUUCUUUUUUCCCCAACUGUUAUCCUUUUCGGCUUUGGUUAGAAAGAGAAUCCAAGAGAGAUGUCUUCAUGACUCCAUUCUUGUGGAAGUUUUGAACUAAAGUA